UCGAGACCGAUCGGCGUGACUGCCGUCACAGAGAAAAGCGUCAACGAAAAUGACGUCGAGAAAGUAAUACAGACCACUGAACUCGUAACGGAAACGGCAGCUGUGACGGAAAAGGAAACGAUCUCAUCACACGCACUCGAAUCUUCUACCGAAGCCAGCAUGAGAUCGAGACGUACGUCUAGCAGCAAUAAUCCCAGCAAGAAUCGCAAACGAACGAAGAACAAGACAAAGAAUAAAAAAGGAACUACAGGAACUACAGGAACUACAGGAAGCAGCAACAAGAACAAAAACAAAUCUACUAAGAGCAGACCGAAAGCGAGAGCCACUCUGUACGGAUUGGCGUCCCUGCAGAGAGCAGGCGACGUGUCGGUGAACAUGAUGAGCGAUCAUACGACCAUCAAGACCAGGUUCAGUCUGGGACCGCUCAUACUGAAAGUCGAGAAGGAGUUUGGACGUGCCGCGAAGAAAGAGCUGAGGAGCGCGACCGCUACCACGGCCGAGAUGUCCGGUAAAUUGAGUCUACGCGUGUUGCACGGAGGUGCGGCGACGCUGCAUUCUAUUCGGGUUUUACAACCUAAACAGGUUCGAGUGGAAAGCCAAGACGAUCACGAUAGAACGCGAGAAUUUGUAUGGAAGAGAUCGUCGCAUAUCGCACAUUUGGUGUCGCAGAAACUUUCUUCAGCCACCAGGUCGAUGCUUCGACCACCACCUGCCCUAACUUACUGCAAAAUGGUUUCGUUAGUGGCGAGCGUCAGAGUUACCAGCACUCUUCAUCAUCUUUGCGUUUAUGCCGCAAGGACGUUGACUACAAGCGUGAUGCCAAGUCCGAAGGACGAAGCAAGAGAAGUGAUCGUUAAUUAUUUAGAUGGAAAAGAUAAUGGCAUCGCUGUAUUAGGGCUGAACAGACCGGUAGCCCGUAAUUCCCUCGGAAAGGUCUUGAUGUCUCAGUUGAACGAGGCGCUAGCUUCUAUUAAGCAGAACAAUAAACUGAGGGUACUCAUCAUACGCAGCUUGGUCCCGAAAGUAUUCUGCGCCGGGGCUGAUCUGCGGGAGAGAUUGAAAAUGAACACGUCCGAGGUGCCGCAAUUCGUAUCUUCUCUGAGAGAUCUCAUCACCGAUGUGGAGAACCUACCGACUCCAGUGAUAUCGGCCAUUGAUGGUGUUGCACUGGGCGGAGGAUUGGAACUCGCAUUGGCAACCGAUAUCAGAGUCGCCUCUUCGGAAGCCACGAUGGGUCUCGUAGAAACAAAAUUGGCCAUAAUACCUGGUGCCGGUGGAACGCAGAGACUUCCAAGGAUAAUCGGAGCAGCCAAGGCUAAAGAGUUGAUUUAUACAGCACGAAUUCUGGACGGUGAACAGGCACGCAUGAUCGGUCUCGUGAACGAGGCGGUCCCGCAAAAUAAGACUGGUGACGCCGCUUAUCAAACGGCACUCUCCAUCGCGAGAGAAAUAUUGCCCAACGGUCCUAUUGGCGUUAGAUUGGCAAAAGUGGCUAUAUCCAAAGGCACGGAAGUGUCUCUGGAAGAGGGUCUGGAGAUCGAGAAACAAUGCUAUAGCAAGAUCGUGGACACAAAAGACAGACUCGAAGGACUUGCCGCUUUCGUAGCAAAACGCGUACCCGUUUAUCAAGGAGUAUAAAAACUUACGGCGUUAUCGUAACAAAAGCUUAAUUUAUAUAUCAUGAAAGGAUUUUAUAAUGUAAACAUUUACGGAUUUUACGUAUAAGCAUUUUAUAUGUAAUGCAUUUUAUAUAAGCUUUUUCACACAAUAUGCAUAUAUANNNUAUAUAUAUACAUACAUUUUGCUGUAUGUAAAAUUACUAUAUAUGUUGGUUUUGAGAUACUUAAUGUAUUUUUAACAUUUUAUCCGAACUGCGUUAAAGUUAAAAAUUGCGAUCAAAAUUUAUGUAACAAAAGCUAUUUAAAGAUAAAAAGGUAACUUUAAAAGUUUUUUAUGCAAUUUGCACAAUAAUUGCGGAUGCAGCAUUAACCUUGCAUUAUGCCUUGUGUGCAUUUGCAUAUGCUAAUGAGAUAAAGGUGCCUUUCAUACGUCAGUAGCAAAAAAUUCUACGUCAUUUACGUCUUCCAAUAAAUACCUUAACCUUAACGUUUUCUUUUAUAUUAACAUUGUUAUUGUUUAACAUAGUUUUAAUAUAUAUGUAUAUGUACUUGUGUAUCGCGUAAAUGCAUUAGGAUAUUGUGAUUGUGUAUGUAUAUGUGAGAUUUGUGCGCGUAGAAUCUGUCGGGAACACAAAAAAAAAUUGCGAUGUUCUUAAAUUCCGAUAUUUUUUAUUUAAUUAUUUUAUAAUUUUUGUAUAUCAAAGAACGGUAAGAAAACAAUCUCCUAAAAGGUCAUAUAUAUAAACAUAUUUCUAAACGGAAAUACGGUGUACGCGGAAAUAUAGAAUUUUAAAACACCGAAACUUAAUUUAAAAUGGUGUAACAAUUAAAUACUCUAUGCUUUUAUUACCAGGAAUGUUACAUCAGCGGCAAAAAAUU